AUGGACAGUUUGGACAAUAAAACGGCAGAAAAUACUGGUCUCAUAAGUUUGGAGUGCAAGCUGCGUGCAUCCGUUGCAUUGACCGAAGGCGAUAGGCGUAGUGCAAUACUACAUCAAACCCAGUCGCUCGGGGCAUCAAAGCGACAAAAGUAUGCCCAACCAUCCCGGAAAAGCUGUGAUCUCGAUGAGUUAAUAGAGGGUGUGAUCAAUAGUGGAAUAAACAAACAGAUACCCUUCAAAACCACAUCACCCAUUACGAAAAUUCACCACGAUGGGUUUACCGAUCUUUGCAAACGAUGUGACGAACUACCGAUCGAGUGGACGGUACUACAGAUAGCGAAAGAGUACAAUCCUAUGGCGACCGGUAUGGUGCACGAGGAACUGAUCCAUGAACCCGCCCCAAUCUGGUUAACCGUGUUCGCGUGUAGUGAUCCGUGUGAAGGCACCCCGUUCGAACCGAUUCUAAUCCCACUGGAUCCACCGGGUGAAAAACCGGAUGCAAAGUAUCCCAACUACUUCGAACACAUUGCAGCCAUCCCUGGCGAGGUGCGAAAUGCUAUCUCUAAUCACGAUUCCGACAGUCAAGCGAACCGUCUCGAAAUGGUAGAACAGUUGAUAAACGCUGCCGUGGUGCGAACGCGCGAAUGGUUGGGACCGUGGUCCAAUCUUUUGGUGGGGAAGUUUCGUUCACCAACCGAUCAAAAGCUGGAAGGUGAAAUUUACAAUCAAAUUGAGGAGUUUUGUGUCCACAAUCGUAUCAAUCGUACAAACCAACGGUUGAUAUCGGUUGUGGCACGUCGCUUGGAUUUGCUGGACGAUUUUCAGCUAUUUGAAUUGUGCUGCAGCGAGCAGCUUGGGCUUGACGAUGCGCUAGUGGAAGCUUUGUACGAUCUGCUGACCGAGUUGAGAGAGGAAAAGGUCCCCGAUAAACGGGAAGAACGGCUCAACUGUUAUCCGGUGUUGCUGAUAAUCGAUGAACUGCUCGACAGCAUGCCCUGGGAGAUGGUACAUCCAACCGGUGAGUUUAGCCGAUUUUCUAGCUUCUGGACAAUGAGCGAACUGUAUCGGGCACACGCAGCACGGAUAAAGUACGGCUAUUUUAUGCUUUCGGCAAAGCGAUGCUUUGCGUUUAUUAAUCCUGAUAAAAACCUAGAAAAAAUGAGUGCACGACUGCAGGUGUUCUACAUGGAAUGGUUUCCCGAUUUCGAGCUGCUUAUCGAUCAACCACCAAACGAGGCCGAAUUUGGCGAUGUACUAAACAACUCAGAUGUCCUCAUUUACAACGGCCACGGGAGUGGAUUACAGUUUAUGAACGGCGAAACGUUGCUUCAGCGCGAUAUUAAUUGUGUAACGUUUCUGUUCGGGUGCGAUUCGGUGCGGCUCUACCCGAACGGUCUGUUUACGGAAAUGACCGGCACGCACCUGUACUACAGCGCCGCCCACUGUCCAACCGUGAUCGGUGCGCUCUGGGUACUGACCGAUCUCUUUACCGAUAUCUACUCGAUGCUGCUGGUCGGCAACUGGAUACCGUCGACGAAUCCGGCGUACGCCAAGCAAAACGUCUCUGCCCUCGAUACGGCGGCAUUUAAAGCGGGCAAGUUGCGUACGUAUUGA